GAUAUGUUUUGUUUUGUCAUACGUUUCUUGAGUUGUGUUUGUACGAAAUUGAUUAAUAAUAAAAAGUUUAAAUUUUUAACAAAUAAAUCAAUUUAGAGCUGUUGAGAUUCUUUAGAAUUUUUAAUCAGUUUAAUAAUUGUUAUUCUUAUCGAGAUAACGUCGGUCUCUGAACGUUGUUUAGAGUCCAAACUGUUAGAAUUAUAUGAACUGUUGGAAGAAACAUAAGAUAAAUUCGUCCACUAUGGCCGAAUGUGCUAUAGACGAUUUAAUUAUAAAAGAGCAUACGACUCUAGAAACGUUCUUCCAAUUCUUAGGACAAUUUGCUUUCGAUAAAGCAAAAGAUUUAAUUGAAAAAGAAAAGGAAUCCAUACAGAAAUGUCAUCAAGCUAAUACAAUAUAUUUAAAUCUUUUAUCAACUCUUGCUCAAUUAGCAAUUGCUGAGAAAAGUUAUGCAUCGCUUUUAUUUUUAGUGCCAAAAGGAUUCUUGAGGAAAGAUAGUUCUUUAAAAUCAAUAUUUGAAACACUUUUGGCUGAUUUACAACGAUUAGAAGAUCGAAGUAAUUCCUGCAUAACUCCAGCUUCAAGCCCACCUUUAUCACUUACUCCUUCAAUUGGAAGCUACUCUUCUCAUGUCAGUGGAAAUGGAAGUAUAGCAAGUUCUAGUGUACAUUCUCAAAUAUUUGAAGAAAUGGAAAAAUUGGCUGGUCACAUAUCUGGUCAGUUAUGCCAUUUUGUUACUGCAAGAAUGGAAAUGAUGGAAUUUUAUGAGAAAAUGUGGAAUAUGAGCUCUUUGCAAUUUAUGAAAUUUGAAGAACUUGCUAAUUUUAUAUCGGAAAUCAUUACUCGAACUCAGAAAUUGUUUCAUCAUCCAUAUCUUGGCUCUAUAAAAACUUCAUUUAGUCUUGAAUGCGAAAUACUUCUACAAUUAUUAGAAACACAAUUACGUUUACAACAGUGGCAGUUUCUUCCAUCGCUCCUUCAUUUAAAUGAUGCACAUUCAAAACUUUGUAUAUGGGCUGCUCCAGCAAAUAAGGAUGGUAAAAAAGUAAGUUCACACAGUGUGUUUCGGCCAGUUGCUGUUCCUCCUCUUUAUCAAUGGUUGUGCAAAUUAAAAGCUGCUCUUGUAGCAAAGUUUUCCUUAUAUUUUCAUAAAAUUCUGUCUCAACAAACAACUCCCAAUGAAAUGAAAAAUCUUUGUUCUCGUGCCUACAUAGAUUAUUAUCAAAAGAUUGUUACUUUUCAGAAGAGAGUGGAUGCUUUGUGCGUGGCUUUAGUAUUAAACACUCUUAAUUUAGAAUCUUAUAAAGGCCAUGGUUAUCAAUACCCUGCAAAAAAUUACGAACCUCCAAAAGGAUUAGAUUCUUAUCCUGCCGUCCUCUGUUAUCCGAUAUUUUUGUUUUUGGAACAACCAAAUUCUCACUGGCCUUGCGUCGUCAUGAUUAUGAACGACAAAGCGUGGGACACUCGUAUUGCUGACGACGUCGUCUGUUUCUAUGACAAAAAUGUACAGACUACUUACUUCUUAGCUAAAGUCGACCCUUACAUGACCGUGGUAGUCAUAUUGGAAAAUAAACGUACAGAAAAAGAAGGCCACAUUACUGGCUUCUUACACGAACUAUGCAUGCAACUUAGAGGCAAUAAAGUGUUUGCAAGUUUGAAACCAGGUUCAAAAUAAUUGUCGAACUGUGAUUAAUUAUAAUGUUUGUUAUUGCUAAAAAUACUACAUAAAUUAAUUAUAUAAUAUAAAAAAAAAGAAAAAGAAAUUCUUACAUAGAUUGUUAAUAGCUUUUAAAUUAUUUAUUUUUCUAUAUUA